CACAGCCAGCCAGAUGCAACCGCAAGUGGUUUCAUUUCCUCCCUUUCGGCUUUGGAAUUCUGUCAGGAGCUGUAUCUCUCUCCUUCUCAAAGCAAAAAUAAUUAAGACCAACUGAUCAUCGAAACACCCUUUUCCCCUGCAAAACAAAAAACAAAAAAAACAAGACAUUUCAUUUCAAGUGGCUGUUUACCCCUGUAAAGUAGCAGCAAGCGGGCUGUUCAGCAGCACCCUCCUCUUCGUUCCGGGGUCAGCAGAAGUGUAUUUCCGCUUCAGCAAGUGAGGGAUUCUCUGUCUUCGGUGUGCCCUGCCCUCCAGCCUAGGGCACGGUGACCUUGGUUUGGAAGCUUGUCCAGAGUCACUGAGGAGAGAGGCAAAGCCAUCAUUCUACCGUGUGCUACCCAGCACCCACCAGCAAACUCCAGAAAACAAAGAGGGAUAUCAGAUGGCUUCAAGGAGUGACUGGUGAAUGGUUUGAAGAAAUUCAAAGAAAAAAGUUUUGCAAUGAAACAGAUGUUAGCCAAAUGUUAAAACAACCCCUCACAUACAGGCUAAAGAAGGGGAUGGCAGAAAAUGAUCCUAUGGACUUACAAGCAUCAGGAUCGAAAAAUAUACCUAAUCAAAGAAAUCUACCAUCUGUUCCUUCUCGGCUGAGCUUCAGAUCAUUUUCUUCCCUGUUCUCAUUCAGAAAAUCCAGAAAGGAGACUCUAAAGCUUCAGUCUCUGGGACAGAAAGGAUGUGAUGGCCAUGCAGGACUUCCUGUGUCUGUGAGGGGCAACACUUUGCAGGCAAAACUAUACAAUUCACAUCUGGAAAAUCAACCAGUUGACAGUGCAUUUGUCCCCAAGCCAGCAGGCAUGAGGGAGGGAAGCGGUGUGCCUCCGUGGGACGCUUCCCUGCUGGAGAAUGAGUUUUUCCGAGUUUUAGAUGACUUGGAUAGCAAACUGGCUCAGGAACAAUAUCCAAGCUCAGUGAAUACCACAACACCUCUCAGCUAUGGAUCAAGAACACCGUUCAGUCAUUUUUACUCCAGUGGGAACAGACAUGGUACUAUCACAGGAAGGCACAAAAAUCACUAUAAUGAAACUUCUAAUAUGUCUAUCUAUGAUAUCCUAAGACCAAGAACCCCUAGAGAAGGUUUUAAAACCUUUUCUCCUAGAACACGGACAAUUUAUGAUAUGUACAGGACGAGGGAGCCCAGAGUCUUAAAAGAAGACUAUAUGCAAAAGAAUACUUUUGGUAGUACUUCUCUGUGUUUUGACAGCAGGCAACGAUUAGCCUCACCAGCCACAGGGCCUUCCACAGCAAGAAGCUUACAUUUUCCAACCACAACUCAGAACAAGAGUGGAUUUAUACCACCAAACCACCAGCAGAGCCCAAAGAGAAGUCCUUUAUCAUCCAUUGUAUGGAAUAGAUCAGAUUUUUCUAGAGAUAGGCAGAACCAGGAGGAGUUGCUGACGGCACCAUCACCGAUGGACGUUGACCCUGCUGACCACUAUACAUAUCCCAGGUGUUUUCAGGACAAGAGGAGAUAUAAAUUUUACUGUUCACAGAGUGUUUACCAAAAUGUUAGUUUAAAUUCCCCCACAGAGAAUGCAAUGAGUCCUGACCCAUUUGAAAACUCAGAGAAUAUGCCAUUCUACCAUCAAGACAACCCAUUUGCUAGAUCUUUCUUUAGCAAUACCUUUGGACGAAGCAGGGAACAGAGAUUUGGACAAAAUCCUUUUUGGGGCCAGCAGGAAGAACAUUCUACCUGGUCUGGCUUUCAUCAAAGCCGGAAAGCAUUCACUUCUUCUGACAGAGACUUUGAAAUGAUUUCCCCUGAAGCAAAUAGUGCAUCAGCUGGUCAUGGCCAUAGUGUUUCUUCUCAACACGGGGGAUCAUUUUCUCAUAGUUACAGAACCAAUGUUUCCAGAGACCAAGAAGAGCCACAUCCCUGGCAAUUUGAUACUCAGACAUCCACACUGGAGAGCAUGGAAGUGUCACAAGGUAAUGAGAACCAGAUGACUCAUUUCAACACACCAAAUGUUUGCUCUGUGACUGGUUCAAGCUACCCCAUCAAAUCUGGUGGGUUAGAAUGUCAACAGGACAGCUCCAUAGAAGUACAUGUCAACAAAGAUCCUUACUCAUUUGGAAUUGCUCAGACUCUAGCAUCCUCAUUCAGAACUUCCUUCCCCCAGAUUCCUGAUGACAAAGGGACUUCUCAGAGUCCCAACUUUCAGAAUUCUACAGUCACUUUGAAGAAAAUUAAGCCUGCUUCUCUUCCAGUAAGAAACUACACAGAAGUCACUGUGACCAAUAGCAAUUCAUUUGAUUCUCCACCUCUUUUGGAAAGCCAACCCAAUAUUUUGGUCACAGGAGUGAAUAAUGAGAAAGAUUUGAAUGAAUCUGUUUUGGAAAAAGACAAACGACUAAACAAGAUGGACCACACAAGCACAGCAAGUGAAAUGCCCCAACCUGUUUCACAGACAGUAAUCUCUGACCCUUUGGCUGAUUUUCAAAAUCCUCUUUCCCAAGACUCAGCCAAGAGCAACAGAUUUGUUUUUAAUACAUCUACUACAAUAAGUUCAAAAAAGUCACCUAGCAUCACUUCCAAGAAAGAUAUCUCCAAAAUUCACAUAUCACAGAGAGAUAAAGGCAAUGAACUAAAAAAAGAUAAGAGUUAUACUGAAAACAGAAAACUUGGCUCAGCAACGUCCCUUUCUUUCAUUCGGGAAAGCAGGAUACCAUCAUCUUUUUCCAGCCCCAAACAAGGUUGUUCCCAGGAAUUAAGAGUAAGUAAUGAAGAUAUUUCAAGCAUUAUUAAAAAUAAGCACUGGAGCUCCGAACCUACUGAUAAUCAAAAUGUACAGGCUCCAGCAAAGCUUGCAGUUUCAGAGACCGAGAAAGUACAACAAUGUGCCAAAACUCAUUCUACCAACUGUAGCAAGUCAGCUGCCAAUCACAACAUCCCAUGUGAUUCCUUCUGUCUGUCAUCAGGUACACUACCAGAUUCCUCACCAUCGAAUAAUUCUUUCCUUAAUGCACGGAUGGUUCCUUCUACUACAGUGUUCUCCAAAAAAACUCCUUCGGGCAAAGAUCCAUCUCAGGGAGAAAAAGAAGAAAAAGACAAUGAUAACAAGAAUAAAAAUGAUCGUUUAGUCCCAAACCCCUCAGAAAAUCAAAAGAGUGAUCACAGCUGUGUGCCUAUACAUAACGAAGUGGUUGAUGUUGUCAAAUGCCCUCCUUUCAGGGUUGGAAAGGUAAAAGGAAAAGUAAGACAACGUAUAUCCUACAUUGAAAAGUUAAGCAAAACAGAAAGUAAAUCAACACCCACAAGUGACAGCAGUAGCUUCAAUGACGUGAAUCAAAGUGAUUCCAAGGCUCCUGAGCAUCACACAAUUUAUUGUACCUUACCAAGAAAAGCAGCCAGUUUUCUCAUCGAUAGCAGGGAGUCAGAAAGUAAGAUGGUUUCUUCAUUUAGGAAUGAGCCACUUCCACUCCAAAUUGAAAAUAAUGUGGAAAGUCCAGUAGGGAAGGACACAGCAAACAAAUGUAGUCGCAGUUCUUCUGUGUCAGAAAGCAGUUGUUCCAAAGUAGUUUCAGACUCAGUCUCAGUACCACAUGAAGCCACAGAGCAAAUGACAAAUAUGGCAGAUAUUGGAUCUGCUUCCAUUACAGAAGGACCACUUCCAUUCCUCAUCAAGAGGGCUGUGUCAUGUCCUUCAGGGGUACCAAGUUUCUCAGUUGUAAGAGAUGAAAGAGAAAAAUGCUUGGUCUCGGACACAGAUGCUUCUGCUGUAAUACUAAGGCCUUGGGAGAAAACUGUUAAUCCUUUGGAAAGUAACUCAUCCGUUAGGGAUUGUUCUUUAACCAGAAGACACCACCAAAAGGAAUACCCUCAAGAACGCACUGAAAAAGAUGGUAAAAUGGCUGCCUCCAGGACAGGUAUAGUUUCCCUUUCAAAUGAAAACCCUUUACCUUUUUCUUCAGAUAUGGCAGGGGAGAAAAGUGGGAAAACAUUACAUAACUUUAAGACUACUAGUAUGUUUUCUGUUUCUCGUGAUGAAGAUAAUGUAAAAUGUCUUGAGGUAGUUUCAGUAUAUUACACUCUACCAAGGAAACAUAGCAAAAAAUUCCGUGACCUCCUUCAAAAGUAUACACAAAAUAUCGAUUCACUUACAAAAUCAACUGAAGUGGGAACUGAAACAUUUCCUAAUGUGUUAGAAAAGGACAAAUUAAAUUAUUCUACACAAGAGCAGUCAGGAACACCUUCAUCUGAAGAUCUAAAGAUACUGGUCAGCUCUUCUCAGGAAAACAGCCAUUGUCUUUCGCACAACACUGAAAAUGUGACUGUUUUACAAUUACCAAGUAUUGGACCCUCAGAAUCUACAUUCCAGGAAAUGGCUUCUAUUGAAGCAGAUGUUUCUCAUCGUAAAGGAGAAUCUAAAACUAGAGAGAUUUCCCCAGAUAACUUAGCUAAAAAACCGCCAGGUGAUUCACAAAACAGGAAAGAGAGAGGGAAAAAAUUGCAAAGUGAAACACUGCAUAUUUCAUCAAUGCUUCAGGGAAAAAAAGUUACAGAAGAGAAAUCUGAAAAUUACCAGAAAUCCAUUAAAUCAAGUAACAGUGGUCCUUCAGAUCUUCCAGCCCACUCAGAAGAGAAUGUUGAAAAUCCCCAAACCAGAAGAAGUUCUGGGGAGUGUGCAGGUAGUGAUAUAGCCAUUACAACUACUGGAAGUAGAAAGUGUCUUCAGAAAGAUAUUACUGGUAUAGCUAAAGAUGACAGCUCCAAUGGAUUGCAGCCUAGAAAAGUCAGAGGGGAAAUUGCAGCAGAUUUCCAAAAAAAGACUGACAAAGCACUUUCUGACUCAGAAAGUCAAGUCUUUGCUCUUACUCCAGCUUUGCAUAAACUACAGCUUGAUAAGGAGACUUGUUCAGGUGAACGAGAUUUAGACAGUUUGCAGUCUGAACCCAGAGAACUGCCACAAAGAAGUCAGGAGGUAAAUUUGACAGAGAACAGCAAGGCUAAAGAUGAAAGGCAGAGGUUGGCAUGGGAUCAACUUUCACUUCCUGCAAGAAGUAAUGAAAAUAAAACCAACUUGGAUAACCUAGAAAGAGGGAAAAACAGAUCUUCAGUUAAACACAGACUAGCAGCCAGGUCCAAAGCAAGCAGAAAAUUUCCAGCUAAAGACUUAAGCCCCAGAAAGCACGUAGCUGCUAUCUUCCCCCAAAGCGGGAACAGCUCUGACUUCGGUGGUUUAUCUCUUGGCACCCUAGAGUGCAACCCGCGGUCCUCUGAGCCUACUGCUAUGUCCACAGAAUCCACAGGUGAAAGCAGGUUGAGUAAUGAUGGAAUAGAUGUGGAGACAUCUGACAACCCUCUCCAGGUAACCGUAAUACCCAACAGAGAAGCUUCUACAGACUUAAGCAAUCAGAAGUCUAACAGCAUUUCACAACCACAUCAGAAUGAGUUUAAAAACAUCUCAGAAUCAAGACCAAAGUAUGAGAAUUCUAAAGAUGUGACAGUAGCUCAGAUUUUGGAAAGAGAGUCAGGAACCCUGGCCCAACCCACACUCACCAGCCGCAGGGAAGCAGCCUUCUCUGACCAUCAGAGGGGACUGAACCAUCAUUUUCCAUUGGAACCUGAAGAGAAAUCUAUAGUAAGCAUCCCGCUGGCCAGUUGUCAGCAACAACAAAGGAGUGCUGCAUCUCUGCAGUGGGAACCUGAGCCACACCCCUAUCGUUCAAAGAGUUUAAAAAGCAUCAGUGUACACGGUGAUGCAUUUCGCAAAAGUCAUCCUCCAAAAGCCAGGGAGCGCCAUUUUUCUGAAAGCACUUCUAUCGACAAUGCCCUGAGCCGACUGACCGUUGGGAAUGAAUUCUCAAACAACAGUGGGGACAGUCAAAGAUUCAAAUUUUUUUCUGAACUUUCCUCUUACAAUGAAAAUGAAAGUUGGGCUUUGUACAGUGGCAGGACAAAAACGAGUCCCAAGUCUGCAACAUCUAUAUCCAGACCUAUCGAUUAUGGGAUUUUUGGGAAAGAACAACAGUUGGCUUUCUUGGAGAAUGUAAAGAGGUCACUCACACAAGGAAGAUUAUGGAAACCCAGUUUUCUUAAGAACCCUGGCUUCCUGAAAGAUGAUGUCAUUAACUCUCCUAAACCAACAGAGUUAUCAAGCCCACAUUGUCCCAGCACUCAGAUGCCAGGAGAUGGCUUAUCUCCAAGUGUACCACUUAAUAUCUAUGAAGAGGAUCCAGUAGACUCAGAUUGUGACACAGACACAACUACAGAUGAUGAAUACUACCUGGAUGAAAAUGACAAAGAGUCAGAACUAUGAGGCCCUUUCAGUAAAAUGCAUAACCUUUUCACCAAAAGCUUAUAAUGGAAAUAAAGUGUAAAUGUGUAUGUCCAUGGGAAGGACAAAUAUAAAACUAUCUAUCUGCGGAGGCCCUGCUCUGAAACAAACCAAUUUUUUUGUUGUUCCCUCCACUGCCUAUAUACACGUUUCCUGAAUUCUAGAGCAACUUCUUCCUGUUUUGAGGGAUUCUCUGCUGUUUUCUUCCUCUGUAUAUAUGACAUAUAAUAUAUCCUUGGCCUUCCUCCCCCACCCCCAACUUAGUCUCUAAUUUGCUGUCCAAUUUUGGCUUUCUGCUCUACUUUCCCCCUAACUUUUUUUACACUUUUCAUUGUGAUUUACAACCCUAAUAUCCCAAGCACAUACGAAACUUACCAGUUACCCAGCACAACUGCAAAACACUACAUUGCCUCCUCUGGUCCGUAGCCCAUACUCAUGCCAUUAAGUAAAAUGUAGGGAUAAUGACAGUGGAGUAAAUAUUAUCAUCCUGUUUGACUCACCAACAUUUAGGAGCUUUAGGGUUUGGGUUUUUGUUUUGUUUUUUCCUUUCAAACAAAGAUAAGGGAAUUUUCAUAAGGACAUCCUAUUAUAUCUAUAGUGGAGCCAGGGAGGCACAUGUUUGAAGUGCUUGUUGAGAUUAUAGAUGAGGAACUGAAUCCCUAGUAAGCCAGACGACACUUAGUACUCCUAAGAAUUACUUUGAAAUAAUUUGUAGGAAUUGGCUGAAUUGUUAAGAACUGACUUUUAAUCAAGUCAAGGACUGAGCCAGGCAACCUGAGUGUAAAGAAGGUGGCUUGGCUGUGGAAUUGCUGCUUAGGAAUGAAAUAUAACUGGGCAGUGGAGAUAAGUAGACACGACUCCAUGAGACUCAUCUUACUCCAUGAGCAACUGCUUUUUCCCAUUUCUCUAGAACUAUCCAUUUUUCUAUUUUCUUCAUUUCCCAUGUGGGGCAUUUUAGUCACAAGUAUGGGUGGUAGGCUUGGCCAUGUCCCUAAAGUGCUGCUAAAUCAGAUCUGACGCCCUGAGAUUCACAGGCUUCUUUGCCAGAUCAUUUACCAAACCCUUGGGAAAUUAGAAGACAGAGCUUCUAAGGGCGUAUCACUACGAUUCUUUCAAUAAUUUUUUUAGACUAAAUAAUUUCUCAUACCCACUGAGAACUUGACUUUCCUAACUCUUUAGUUGCUGUGCAGAACUUCUGCAGAUUUCUCUCCUCCUGAUCAGAAUAAAGAGCAACAAAUGGCAGUGAAGAUAAUUUGCUGCAGAAAGUAUGCCAUCCCUGACCGUAGUUCUGUGAGGGUCAAUAUGAGUGGACUUCUUGUCUGGUUUAUACUGGCUUCCUGAUCUAAUUUUAUUUUCCGUUUUUCUCACCUCGUCUGUUUCAUCCAUAUAAAUGUAAGGAUAAUGAUAGGUGUUGGUAAGUGUAUAAGGAUCUGGAACUGAUCAAGUUCAAGAAAGAACUAUACUAUCAUUAUCUUCUUAAUCAUUGCCUAGAAGCAAAAUGCCAGGGCAGGUUCACACUGUUCCCAUGCAACUCAAAACUAAUGAAGAUGUGGCAAUUAACAUGAAAGCUAUUCCUUCUAUCUGUAAAUUGUUUUCAACUUUAGGCUCUGACCAGUCAUGAGCUUAAAGAGACAGAUGAUAGAAUUUCAAAUCAACUCUUCAGAAGUUUUCAAUUUAAACUUGUCUAGUAAAGAAUAAGUAACAUGUUAUUCUUUCUUUUAUGUAUAUUUGUAAAUGCUACCUUUCCCUAUUUUCUAUUUAUCUGAUUAAGUAAAAUUUUCAUAAACCAUGACUUAUGUUUUUAUGGAAAGAUAUUCAGUUAAUAUUUUAAUAUGAAGAGUCUUGACUUUUUUUUUUAAUGAUCAGCUUGCAAGUUCUAUUUCAGCAGAUACUCAGUCUACAUGUAUGCUACAAAAGGGGAAAUGAAGUUUGCUUAUAUUUCACUGAGUUUAGGCUGUAUCUGUAUUGUAACUUGAUAUCCUUAACGAAAUUGAGUUAAAGUGAGAAUGAACAACCACUUCGGGGCCCUGGUUCUUUGCACUAGAAUCUACGGUAUCUGAACUCAAAGGUGAUUUGAUGGUCAAUAUUCACUUGCACUAUUUGUAAUGUUUGCUUGUUCGUCUGGCUCAAGAAUCAAGAACACAGAAAAUUCAUGAAAAUAGCACCUUCUAUAGUUUUAUACUUUUGUAAAACACUUCGUUAAAGAAGUAUAGCAAAUUUCUAUGUAUUUUAACAUACAGACUGCUGCUUUUUAAUAUUCAUUUUUGGUGUAGCUAUAGUAAUUUAUAAGUCAUUUUUAUAGUUUUAACUUGUUUUCUAAAAGAUGUAAUCAUUAUUAAAAAUGAAUAUUCACAUAAAUGGAGUAAACCACGAGGGAAUCAAUAAAAAUAAGUACCUGAUAAAUUAUUAACUUGGUUAGGUAAUGGACUUCUAUAACCAUAAAUUUUACAUGUAAAGUCCAUUUAAAAGAGUGCUUAAUGAGAUUAAUUGUUAGACUUUCUUCUAAAUAAUUUUGCUCUUACAUUGUAAAUACAUUGAUAUUAAUAAAACUUCACUGCUACUAACAAUGUUUUGACUACUGGUAAGCUAAUAAAAGCUACUUUGUGUAGGAGGUGACUAUGUGCUCCUAUUGGAGGUGGUGAAAGAAAGUCCACGUAGAUGGGAAUGAAAUUGGAAAAGCCACACCUCCAUAAAAGUAAUAUACUGUGUUGAAUGCCAGACGGUUAAAGAGGCCUUAUUGCUCAGGGUUUAUCGUUAAUAAUAGUAAUAAUGCUUCAGAAUAUCCGACUUAAAUGUACAGUGUAAAUAUGUAAAUAUUUUACCUUCCAAGCAAGUUUGUGAUGUAUUACUACUUAGGGGCUCUGUGACUGGCACUUCUGUGUUCUGAAACAAAUAAGCCUUAAGCACUUUUGUUAAAAUGUUGUCAAAUAAUCCUUUUAUGUACUUGUUCUCAAACCUGUUCUCUAGAUAUUAAAUGUGUUAUAAGACAAAGUGCAAAUUUAAAACAAUGCCUGUGCUGAAAUAAAUGUUUUAAAUAGA